UUGGGUUGAUUUUUUGUUGCCAUCGGUCUGUUUAUUAUAUAAAGAAACCGGAUUGCGGAAUGCUGCGCUCAAGGAAGUUCCUGAAAAUUCUCUCUUGUGCUAUCACAGUGGCUAUAAUUGUGCUAAUCCUGCAAAUGAAGGAAGAGCAUGUUCGCGAUAAGUUUCUGAUAUUGCAAGAGGAGUACGAACAGGAAGACAUCAAACAGGAGCAGUUGGUCGAUCUGCACAAUUUUCAAUAUAGGAUUAAUAGCAAACUCUGCAAAAAGUUCGAUCGUGAACUGCUUGGUGUGAUGAUCGUGACUUCAUAUGUCGGUCAUGAUGAGCUGCGAUCGGCCCAUCGCCAGGCUAUUUCCCAGACAAAGCUCAACGAAAUGGGGCUGAUACGGGUUUUUCUCCUGGCUGAAAUCCCUCCGAGAGAGACAUUCAUCAACCAAAAGCAGAUCGAAGACGAACAACGGAAGUUCGGAGACUUGGUGCAGGGCAACUUCUUGGAGGCGUAUCGCAAUUUAACUUACAAGCACGUAAUGGGCUUGAAAUGGGCAGUGACUGAAUGUCCGAAAGCGAAAUUUCUCAUAAAGAUCGACGACGACUCAGUGUUCGACAUUUUCUUCAUAAAAAGUUACCUAGAGACGCUCGAGUUGCGCGACAGUGUGAAAAACUUCAUGGCCGGCUACAUUUUGGAUAAUAAAAAGCCCAUCCGUGUCUCGGCAAGCAAAUGGUUUGUUUCGUUGGAUGAGUACGGCGGCGAUGCGUACCCUGAUUACUUGUCUGGGUGGCUCUAUUUGACCAACCAAAGGGUGGCACGCAAUCUCGUCAAGGAGUCACAACACGCCCGCUUCUUCUGGAUCGACGAUACUUUUGUAACAGGAAUCUUAAGGGAUUCAAUAGCGGUUCCACUGAUCCGGCUGAACAAUUGGUUCUCGGCAAACUCUGAAUUCUUCGAUUGCUGCGUCCGCGAUCUAAAAGAUCAUUCGUAUGAGUGCGAAUUCUACGUAGGACCAAACGGCGGCGACAAUAAACUUCUCAUAGAGUUCGUACAUGAAGUCGAGAAGUGUUAUUUUGACGAAUGUGUGAAGAGAUCGCCUGAGAUGGGUUUGAGACAAACAUGUGUAGCGAAAGUGAAAAAUCUAGUAAGUGAUCACGGCAAGGCGUUGGUGAGGGCGGUGCCCAUACGAUAACGGAGGGAGAGGCGAAAAACUAACGAAUAAGCUAGAUGAUCCGUCCAGUGGUUUGAAUAUGCUUUUACUUUGUAGUUUUGCUUGAUGAAGCUGCCAUAAACUGUGAUUUACAAAUAUUAGAUUAAGAGCAAGUUUUGUACUAACUUUUUUUAAUGAAAGAAUAAUGCGAAUUUUAUAUUUUCAAUAAAAUAUUGUCUUCCCAAAGUCAGACUCUCAACU